AAAUAAUAAAGGAUCUAUAAUAUUGCAUGGCAUACCUGUGAGAGAGAAAAUGUAAUGAAUUAAUGAACUCUGUUUUCAGUAGCAGGACUGAAAUGAUGGGAGGAUUCAGAAAAAAGAUUGAAUGAAAUUUUAUAAAGUUACAUAGUAUUUGUGUUAAUUUGUGUUUAUUAUUAAACAAUAUUACAUAAAAAUGCCCUUACAAAACGUGUUAUUCUUGCUUACCCCCUGUCCCUAAUUGCCCCCUGAUGUUUUGGCCUCGGCCCCUGAUGUUUGCAAAUCCUAGAAAUGCCCCUGGAACUACGUAACUGAUUGUAGUUCAGAUGAAUUAAAUUAAAUAAUGAAUCUUUUAAUUGUACACACACUUGAUUUGGCUGGAGAUCUGUAUGUGUUUACAUCUAAAUCAUUUAAAUUAGCUUCAGCUGGGAAUGUUUAGAUUUUUAACAUGUCUCUGUCAUUAAUGCAUGUUUACCUCAAAUCACAUCCAUUUAUUGUUUAUACUGAGUUCCUUUAUCAAAAACUCCCUAAUGGUCAUGAAAAUAAAACCUAAAAAUAACCAUUAGAGAACGUUCCUAGAAGGUUAUUAUUUGGUUUUGAAAAAAUAAUCAAAGGGGAAUCCUAUGCUAAUGUUAGGAGAAGGUUCUGUGUUUGCUGGCUCUCCUGUUUGGGGAAUAAGUUGCUCCCCAUUUCAACAAGCAGGGAAUUAUCAGCCCUAGGAGAAGUAGUGUUACUAAUAGAACAAUGUAGAGAGUGUCUAAAAUCUUUUCCCACUACACUCUUACAGACUGACAUAAAUACACCUAUUUUUAAUGAUUUAUUUUCAGCAGUCAAUCCAUCAUUGAUAAACAAACCAGAACCACAGAGAGAGAGAGAGAGAGAGAGAGAGAGCGUGUGUGUGUGUGUGUGUGUGUGUGUGCAUAUGUGCGCGUGCGCGGCUGCGUCCCUGCCCCUCCCCCCUCUGCAGAAUAAACCGUUAGAUGAAAGUGAAACUCAGCUGCUCCAUUUUGUUCCGAGAGGAAAAUAAAAUAUUCCAGGAGUAAAAGCUAAAGCUCUGAUAUAUAAACGCUCUAAAUGAAGACGUUUAGAGUUAAUAUAAGGAGUUUUGUUGGUUUGUACUGAAGUUUUUAAUGUACACAGGUUGUUUUAUGACUUGAUAUCGUGUGUAUAGUGUUUGAUUUAACACACCGAUGUUGGAGUGAAGUAAACGUGUGUCCUGCUGUAAUCUGGAGAAGGAGACAUGACCUCCAACAUGAGUGUGUCUGGAAAACAGGACUUAAAGAAAGACGAGAGAAUGAUGGAGGGAAAGAGAUCAGACUCACCAGAACCCAGCUGUGUGUCCAUGAAGAGUGACCGGUCAAUGGGAGAACCAAUUUUCUUCAGAGACAGUUCUACUGAUGUGAGACCACAGAAGAAGAAAUCAAACAUCAGCAGAAAUCAGCUGGACUCCAUAUUCAAGGAGCUGGAACACAAAGUCAUCACUCUGAUAAAGAAUGAGCUGAAGAGGUUUAGGAAGCUCCUGAGUCCAGAUUACCCAGCAUGCACUGAGAGGGAGGUGGAGGAUGAGGAGGAUCUGCACAGUGUCAGAGAGGGAGCUCUGAAGAUCACACUGCACUUCCUGAAGAACAUGAAGCACACAGAUCUCGCUAACACACUGCAGAACAAACUCCCCUCUGUGUGUCAGACAAAGCUGAAAUCCAACCUGAGAGACAAGUUUAAAAGAAUUAAUGAAGGAAUCUCACAGCAUGGAAGAUCAGCACUUCUGAAUGAGAUCUACACAGAGCUCUACAUCACAGAGGGUUGGAGUGGAGACGUCAAUAAUGAACAUGAGGUGAGACAGAUUGAGACAGUGUCCAGGAGACCAGCAACACAGGAGACACCCAUCAACUGUAAUGACCUCUUUAAGGACAAGUCCAUCAGAACUGUGCUGACUAAAGGAGUUGCUGGAAUUGGAAAAACAGUCUCUGUGCAGAAGUUCAUUCUGGACUGGACUGAAGGAAAAUCAAAUCAGGACAUCACCUUCAUGUUUCCACUUCCCUUUAGAGAGCUGAAUCUGAUGAAGGAGAAAAAUCUCAGUCUGAUGAAUCUUCUUCAUCACUUUUCCCCAGAAAUAAGAGAACUAGAAUCAAUAAACUGUGACUCCUACAAAGUGGUGUUGAUCUUUGAUGGUCUGGAUGAGUGUCGACUUCCUCUAAAUUUCCAGAAGAAUGAGAGAUUGUGUGAUGUGACAGAGUCAGCCUCAGUGGAUGUUCUGCUGACGAACCUCAUCAAGAGGAAUCUGCUUCCCUCUGCUCUUCUCUGGAUAACCUCUCGACCAGGAGCAGCCAAUCAGAUCCCUCCUGAGUGUGUAGACCAGGUAACAGAGGUACGAGGGUUUAAUGAUCCUCAGAAAGAGGAGUACUUCAGGAAGAGGAUCAGUGAUAAGCGCCUGGCCAAUAAAAUCAUCACACACAUGAAGUCUUCAAGAAGCCUCUACAUCAUGUGCCACAUCCCAGUCUUCUGCUGGAUCUCAGCCACUGUUCUAGAGAGAAUGUUGGGUGAAGCAGAGAGUGGAGAGAUCCCCAAGACUCUGACUCAAAUGUUUACACACUUCCUGAUCUUUCAGAUCAAACACAAGGAUGAAAAGUACCUUCAGAAACAUGACCCUGAUCCUCAGCAGACCAGAGAGAGUAUCCUGGCACUGGGAAAACUGGCUUUCCAGCAGCUGGAGAAAGGAAACCUGAUCUUCUAUGAGGAAGACCUGAGAGAGUGUGGCAUUGAUGUCAGAGAAGUGUCAGUGUACUCAGGAGUGUGUACCCAGAUCUUCAGAGAGGAGUUUGGACUUCACCUGGGGAAGGUGUUCAGCUUUGUACAUCUGAGUGUUCAGGAGUUUCUGGCUGCUUUAUACGUGUUUUUCUGCUUUAAAUUUAGAAAGACAAAUGUGCUUGUGGAGCAAAGCACUGGACUUUUUAAUUUCUUCAGAAAUCCAAACAUGUCUGAUCUCCUCAGGAGUGCAGUGGACAAGGCCUUACAGAGUCAGAAUGGACACCUGGACCUGUUCCUCCGCUUCCUUCUGGGUCUCUCACUGGAGUCCAAUCAGACUCUCUUACGAGACUUAAUGCCACAGACAGGAAGUAGUUCUCACAGCAAACAGGAAACAGUGAAGUACAUCAAGGAGAAGAUCAGGGAGAAUCCAUCUCCAGAGAAAUCCAUCAAUCUGUUCCACUGUCUGAAUGAACUGAAUGAUCAUUCUCUAGUGCAGGAAGUACAGACUUACCUGAACACAGGAUAUUACAGCUGUCUCAGUGGAUCCAGUCUCUCUCCUGCUCAGUGGUCAGCUCUGGUGUUUGUGUUACUGACCUCAGAACAGGAGCUGGAUGUGUUUGAUUUGAGUAAAUAUGAUCCAUCAGAGGAAUGUCUUCUGAGACUGCUGCCAGUGGUCAAAGCCUCCAGAAAAGCUGAGUGAGUAUUUUUAUUUAUAAAUGUAUUACUGCAUGGUUUGUUAUUUUAAUGUAACACUGAACUGCACUGUUUGGAUUAAUGCUUGUUAAUAGUUCCUCUAAUCCUCUUUAAACAAACCUCUGGUACUUUUACAGAAGAUUGUUUCACUUUUUACACUAACACGUCAUGUCUGCACUGAGGGCUGGGCCAUAUGGACAAAAUCUUAUGGAUCAGGAUAUGAAUCAUUUUAUAUCUUUUAUAGAUGAAUCAUGAUAUAUUAAGUUUUCUCUAAAAUUUAUAUAAAACUCUGUACUUAAUAACUGCAUGCAUUUAAGAACUAAACACAUUUCUGAACUAAACAACAGUGAAAGACACUUUUUCUUUUCUCUGUUUAUUCUGAAAGUGACAUUGAACAGAACUCUCACAAAUGAGAAGAAGAAAAACAUCAAGCUGUCAAAAUGGGAUCAAUAUGAAUAGAAAAUAUAAAAAGUAAAUAUUAAACACUCUGUUCACCUUCAAGUACCUGUUUAGGUUCAAGUUCCUCAUCUUUUGUUCUGUGACACAGUGUUGUGGAGAGAUUCACUCUGUCAUGCUUUUAUUUCUUCCAAUUUUUCACAUUUUCUUCCUAAUUUAAUCCCGGCUGAUUCCCACCAUCUAACUGGGAACAAAAUACUGAACUGGACCAUACUGGAAAGAGUCGAGUUGGAUUUUCUUUAAAUAGUAUAAACUAGUAACAGGGCCAUUUGGAACAAAUAGUGCAUUUUUAUUACAUUUCCUUUCUUAUACUCUUUAUUUAAAAGAAUCAUUGUUUAUUUAAGAAAGAGAUUCUUAUUUUUUGUACAUCUAUAUUUUCCAAAAUCCAUUCUAAUAAAUAAAACACUAUAAAUCUAUAUUGCUAAUAAAAUUAUUUUCUUAAGUGUAAUUUUGAAAGAAUAAAAUUGCCCAGCCCUUACCACCUUCUGAGACAAGACGACAAAAACAACUCUAUCUUUUCACACUGUUCCUGUAAAUUAACACACUUGCUGUAACUGACCAGUUCCAUAUGUAUGACCACACACAGGCUCCCAUGACUGGCUUUACCUUGUUUAAUUACCUGGUUUAGUUUGAACAAAUCAACCUUUUUCUUUAGUUUGGAUCUGUUUGGACGUAUGUGAAGACUCCACCUGUACUCGGGUCCACACCAAACACCUGAACCAGUGUUUGUGUAAAAUCAGAGGUCUCCAGGUGACAGAUUUGUACCUGUACGAGCACAGAGAACAACACACACCAACUGUUUUACCGUCUCUGUGAAAUUCAGCAUAUAACUCAGUGUAAAGUACGACUAGUAUUGGCAUGUUAUUAACUGCUAGUGUACAGCUCUAUAAUUCUUUAUUUUCUGUAAUAAAAUGCACUGGAUCUGCAGUGUUGGGUGUAGAAACUUGAACACAGAUCAGAGUGUAGUGUUUGUAGGCUGCUCGCUCUCACCUGUGUGUGUUAUGUACAUGACCUAAUGGUCUUAUAAUAAAUUGUAGCUGAGAGAUUGUGGAGUUCAGAAAGACGUCCCUGCUCCUGUAAAUGUCCUGAUGUGGUGUCCUGUCCUCUGAUUUCUGUGUGAGAGAGAAAC